CUCUAUGUAUUUGGCCCUGUCAAAGGCCGUGCAGUAGUGCUCACAACUUUCUCAUAAUGCAUUGUAGUAUUUCCUAUGUCCUGGUGUUUUGCGCUCUGCUCCAUCCAAGUGAACAGCAAUGUAGUGUGGACAUCAAAGAGCGUGAAGAUUGUGGUUUUCCCGGGAUAAGUGCUAUGGAAUGUUAUUCCAGAGGCUGCUGCUUUAAUUCAGGUGUUCCCGGGGUUAAAUGGUGUUUUUACCCCAAAAGCACAGCAAGUGACAAGAAACAAUGUAACGUGGAACCAUACAGCAGAAGGGAUUGCGGCUACCCCACAAUAAGUGCUGCUGAAUGUAAGAAGAGGAGUUGUUGCUUUGACUCCAGCAUUCCUGGGGUUAACUGGUGUUUCUUCUCCAAGUCACAAGAUAAAUGGCAAUGUAACGUGGACAUCAAAGAGCGUGAAGAUUGUGGAUUUCCUGGGAUAAGUGCUAAGGAAUGCUUUUCCAGAGGCUGCUGCUUCAAUUCAAGUGUUACUGGGGUUAAAUGGUGUGUUUACCCCAAAAGCACAGCAAGUAAUAAACAAUGUAACGUGGAACCAUACAGCAGAAGGGAUUGUGGCUACCCCACAAUAAGUGCUGCGGAAUGUAAGAAGAAGAAUUGUUGCUUCGACUCCAGCAUUCCCGGGGUUAACUGGUGUUUCUUCUCCAAGUCACAAGAUAAACGGCAAUGCAGUGUGGCUAUCAAAGAGCGUGAAGAUUGUGGUUUUCCCGGGAUAAGUGCUAAGGAAUGCUAUUCCAGAGGCUGCUGCUUCAAUUCAAGUGUUACCGGGGUUAAAUGGUGUUUUUACCCCAAAAGCACAGAUAUACUGCAAUGUAGCGUGGACAUCCAAGAGCGUGAAGAUUGCGGUUUUCCCGGGAUAAGUGCUAAGGAAUGCUAUUCCAGAGGCUGCUGCUUUAAUGCAAAUGUUCCUGGGGUUAUAUGGUGUUUUUACCCCAAAAGUACAGAUAAACUGCAAUGUAGUGUGGAUAUCGAAGAGCGUGAAGAUUGCGGAUUUCCUGGUAUAAGCACUGAGGAAUGCUAUUCCAGAGGCUGCUGCUUUGAUUCGAGUGUUCCUGGGGCCAAAUGGUGUUUUUACCCCAAAAUCACAGAUAAACAGCAAUGUAGUGUGGACAUCAAAGAGCGUGAAGAUUGUGGAUUUCCCGGGAUAAGCGCUCAGGAAUGCUAUUCCAGAAGAUGCUGCUUUGAUUCAAGUGUUCCUGGUGCUAAAUGGUGUUUUUACCCCAAAAACACAGGAUGCUCUGUGAGCCACGAGCUGAGGAAAGACUGCGGAUAUCCCAACAUCAGCUCCAUGGACUGUCUAUCCAGAGGCUGCUGUUUUGACUCCAGUAUUCCCGGGACCAUCUGGUGCUUCUAUGGAUAUAAAUAAAAUACAAAUGAUUCUCAGUAUAACUGGCUUGUAACAAUCACCGGAGUGUCCGUACAGACAGUAUCCUGGUUCUGUGUGCUUGCUUUUUUUUUUUUUUUUUUUUUUCUGAUCUGUAAAUGUGAUUUUAUUAAACUAGAGAGCUGUCAUUACUUAUUGAGGUUUAGCAUAAAAAUUGUGAUCAUUUCUGUAAGUGUUACAGCAUUAUAUGUACUGUAAUAGCAAUGUUUUGUAGUCCUAUAUGUGGAUUUCCUUUAUCAAUACAUUGAUUCCCAACAUACUUCAUCCCACAAAUCCCAUUUGUAUAAUCAAAUACUUAAACAAGUCCUUAAUGCA